AGCCAGUAGUGGGAAAUGUGGCAGAAUCCAGGAGUUUAUCCGGGAGACCAGAACCAGGGUGGGUACCCGCAAGGUGGGUAUCCGCAAGGAGGCUACCCGCAGGGAGGCUACCCGCAAGGUGGCUAUCCACCGCAAGGUGGCUAUCCGCCGCAAGGUGGCUAUCCCCCGCAGCCUGGCUAUGCACCUCAGCCUGGGUUUCAGCCGGGCUAUGGCGGUCCGGGGUAUGCUGGUGAAGCGGGUGGAUACGGACAGCCAGGCGUGUCAGAUCUGGGGGAAGAUGGUUCUGUCAAGGGGUUCGACUUCAAUGACCAGAGUAUCCGCAAGUCCUUCAUUCGUAAGGUGUACUCUAUCUUGAUGUGUCAGCUGCUCAUCACUAUGGCAUUCACUACACUCUUCACGUACCACGAGGGCUCCAAGCUGUGGUUUAAAGCGCAUUCCUACAUGAUGUUCGUAGCCCUAGCCGUGGUCAUAGUCUGCCUGAUCGUGAUGGCGUGCUGCGGGAACGUGCGUCGUCAGGCGCCGUUGAACUUCAUCUUCCUCGGUAUCUUCACCCUCGCGGAGAGCUUCCUGCUCGGGGCCGUGUCGAGCACCAAGGCGCCUGAAGUGGUGAUGAUGGCAGUGGGUGUGACGGCGGCCGUGUGCCUCGCCCUGACGAUAUUCGCUCUGCAGACCAAAUGGGAUUUCACCAUGAUGGGCGGAUUCCUCGUCUGCGCUACUGUUGUGCUGCUAUUGCUUGGUAUUGUCGCCAUGUUCGUCCGCAACAACAUCCUCCAACUGGUCUACGCAUCCAUCGGCGCACUCAUAUUUUCCAUGUACCUCGUCUAUGACACGCAGCUCAUGAUGGGCGGCAAGCACAAGUACAGCAUCAGCCCCGAGGAGUACAUAUUCGCCGCCCUGAACCUGUAUCUGGACAUUAUUAACAUCUUCAUGUACAUUCUGACUAUCAUCUCCGCUUCGAGGGAUUAAGGUUGCCCUGUUGAAACGGAGGCAGAGUAUGUGGCACUCGAAUUUGAUACCGCAUUUAAAU